AUGGAGAGAUUUGGCAGCACAAGUCCACCCCCUCUCCUAGAAAAGGAAAUGGUUGCUCUGUUUGCUAACACGCUAAAAGCGUCAUAUUAUGAACAUGUGAUGGGUAGUUCAACCCAACAAUUCACGGAUGUCGUGGCAGUGGCUGAACGAAUAGAGCAAAGAGUAAAGAGUGGAAGAAUCUCUACACCCGUGGAGAAAAAGGGUUUUGGAGUGAAGAAAAGAGAGAUUGAUCAUGUUGAAAGAUGGAUAGCAUUUGAAGAUGCCCCUGAUGUGAAUGCGAACCCUCUACCUAAUCAUGCUUCAGGUAGUGGGUCUAUAAACAUGUUAGAAGUGGAACACUCAAACAUCAUAAAGGUGUCGAUGGAUAGAAUCUACCAAAUGAUGGUAAAUGCAAGCACUCUGCAACCGCCCAUUUUUCAAGCAGAAAUUGGGGGAUUGACCCGUAGUGGCAGAUGUUUCACUCCAGAAGAGUUGGAAAAACAAAGAAAAGCCAAGGGUAAAGAAGGGGCUGACGUAACUGAGGAAAUAAAUAAACCUGUCACGGAAGAGGAAACUAACGAAUUCUUAAAGCUGAUGAAACACAGUGAAUAUAGUGUUGUUAAACAGCUUAAGAAAACUCCAGCAAGAAUAUCGUUAUUUUCUCUGAUUUUAAGCUCUAAGCCACAUAGGAAGGCUCUACAAAAGGUAUUGAAUGAAGCAUAUGUUCCUCAAUACAUCAAUCAAGAAGCCAUGGAACAUUUAGUGGGAAGAAUCCAAGCCUCAAAUUAUAUAUACUUCACUGAAGAUAAAUUGAGUCCUGAUGGUACUAGGCACAACAAGCCAUUAUACAUUACGGUGCGUUGCAAGGAUAUUCUGAUCGGAAAGGUGCUCAUUGACAAUAGUUCUGCGCUGAACGUCCUACCAUUACAUAUCUUGAAAGAAAUGCUUGUCGAUGAGUCACAUAUGAAGCCCAGCACCUUGAUGGCGAGAGCAUAUGAUGUAAUGGACAUUCACCCAUCUUACAGCAUAUUAUUAGGAAGGCCGUGGAUUCAUGCAGCUGAAGCAGUGGCUUCUUCAUUGCACCAGUGUUUGAAGUAUAUCAUGAACGGAAUGUUGAUAACUGUUAAAGCUGAAGAGACAGUUUCCAUGAUAAAAAAUGUGGUCAUACCUUUUAUUGAAGUAGAAGAUUGUAGAGAUGGGAAUAUUCAUGCUUUUAAAAUUAUGAAUGCAGCAUGGGUUCCUGAAGGCAUAGUGCUAAGGAAGCCUAAAAUCCCAGAAACAGCAAAGAUGGCUGCCAAAUGCUUCUUAAAAAAGGGAGCUCCUUUUCAAUGUAAUCCUGAGACCAGAAUGCCUAGCCUGAUCAAGCUAAAUGACACAAAUCAAAGGUUUGGGCUUGGAUAUAAGCCCAAGAAAGACGAUUACAAGCGGGUUACUCAAGUUAAAAGAGAAGCGAGAAUGGCGAGGAUUGAAGGAAGAGAGCCAGAAGAAGAGGAACUUGUCAUCCCACCACUCCAAGUAUCUUUCCCAAGGGUUGCAGAAGUGAUUAGAUCUGACAUAAUGGAUCUCCACAUCAAUACCCAAGAAAGCCAAGAAGAAAAACGAAUAGAGGAAGUAGAUUUGGAGAUGAAGGAUGAAGUGUUGCCACAACUCUCCAUUCACACCAUUGAUGAACCUCCUGCUAGAUUUUUCGUGCGAAGAUUGGCUGAAGGGGAGGUGUACCAGAAUUGGAAGACGGAGCAUACUCCUAUUGUGUUUAAAAAGAAUCCUGAAAGUUCCAUCGAUUCACAAAACCAUUGCGCUAAGAAUAAUUGGCCAAACUUUGAUAAUAUGAUUGCAAUGGAUGAUGAAGAAUGGGGGGAGGAAGAUAUAAGAGAGUUUACUAAGCUGGUAGAAAGUUCAGAAAAAGCCUGGGAACCGGCUAGUGAGAAACUAGAAGCCAUUAACGUGGGAGACAAACAAGAAAAUAAGGAAUUAAAGAUUGGCACUCUUGUUACAACAGAAGAAAGAAAUAGACUAGUUUCUCUAUUACACGAGUAUGUAGAUGUUUUUGCUUGGAUUUAUACAGAUAUGCCUGGUCUAAAUAUUGAUAUAGUGGUACAUAAGAUUCCUUUAAUAGAAGGAAGCAGGCCAAUUAAGCAAAAAACCAGGCGAAUGCGCCCGGACAUGUUACUCAAAGUAAAAUCUGAGGUACGAAAACAGUGGGAUGCAAGGUUUCUAGAUGUAGUCCAAUAUCCACAAUGGGUAGCCAAUGUGGUCGUAGUCCCAAAAAAGGAUGGAAAGAUUCAGGUGUGUAUGGACUAUAGAGACUUGAACAAGGCGAGCCCAAAAGAUGAUUUUCCUUUGGCCUAUAUAGACAUUCUCGUUGAUAAUGCUACAAGAAAUGCUACAUAUUCUUUUAUGGAUGGAUUCUCUGGUUAUAAUCAAAUUAGAAUGGAAGAAGAAGAUAAAGAGAAGACCACUUUUGUCAUACCUUGGGGGACAUUUUGCUAUAAAGUAAUGCCAUUCGGUUUGAAGAAUGCUGGAGCCACAUAUUAAAGAGCAAUGGUUACCCUGUUCCACGAUAUGAUGCACCGAGAAGUGAAAGUUUAUGUAGAUGACAUACUUGCAAAAUUGAAGAAAGAGGAAGAUCAUGUGCAAGUGUUAAGAAGACUAUUUGAAAGGCUGCGAAAAUUCCAGCUAAAGUUGAAUCUUGCAAAAUGCUCAUUCGGGGUGAAAACAGGAAAACUAUUGGGCUUCAUAGUAAGUGGUCGAGGAAUAGAAGUUGAUCCUGAUAAAGUUAAAGCUAUUCAGGAGAUGUCUACCCCUAAGACAGAAAAGGAGGUAAGAAGUUUCCUCAGGCGCCUGAAUUACAUAGCUCGGUUUAUAUCCCAGUUGACGGUGACUUGUGAACCAAUUUUUCGUUUACUCAGGAAGAAGAAUCUGGGAGUAUGGGACAACGAUUGUCAGGAAGCCUUUGAUAAAAUAAAAAGGUACUUGCAAAAUCCACCAUUAUUAGUACCUCCAACACUAGGGAGGCCUUUGAUUCUAUACUUAACAGUAACAGAAACAACUAUGGGCUGUGUGCUGGGACAACAUGAUGAGUCAGGAAGGAAAGAGCAAGCUAUUUACUACUUGAGUAAAAAAUUCAAUGAUUGUGAGUCGAGAUAUACAACAAUUGAGAGGUUAUGUUGUGCUUUGGUUUGGAGUGCGAAAAGACUCUGGCAGUAUAUGUUGUACUACACAACCUGGCUGAUUUCAAAAUUAGACCCGCUCAAGUAUAUUUGUGAAAAACCUUACCUAUCAAGUAGAAUAGCAAGGUGGCAAGUGUUGUUGGCAAAAUAUGACAUUGUCUUUAUGACAAGAAAAGCUGUCAAAGGAAGUAUAAUUGCUGAUCAUCUUACAGACCAUGCCAUGGAGAACUAUGAGCCGCUAAACUUUGACCUCCCCGAUGAAGAGGUGAUAGUAGUCGAAAAUAAAAGUGGGGAAAGCGAUCAGUGGACCCUCUACUUUGAUGGGGCAGUAAAUGUAUCAGGAAAUGGGGCCGGAGCCGUAGUGAUUUCCCCAGAAAAUAAGCAGUAUCCUGUUUCAACAAAGUUACUGUUUGAAUGUACCAAUAACACUAUCGAGUAUGAAGCCUGCAUCAUUGGCCCGGAAGCUGCUCUGGAACUUAAGGCCAAGAAGCUUGAGGUCUUUGGGGAUUCCUUACUAAUCAUCUGCCAAGUAAAAGGCGAGUGGCAAACUAAGGAGGAGAAGUUGAAGUUGUAUCAAAUUUAUCUCUUGAAGUUAGCCGAUGAAUUUGAAGAAAUCAAAUUCACUCAUAUAAGCAGAGAUAAGAAUCAGUUUGCUGAUGCCUUAGCAACCUUAGCUUCAAUGACACAAGUUGAUACUAAAAGCAAGAUCCAACCAAUAGAUAUCGAAGUCAGAAGCUUCCAAGCCCAUUACUACUUAAUUGAAGAAUCACCAGAUGGGAAACCAUGGUACAAUGACAUCAAGAAGUUUCUCCAGCAUUGAGAAUAUCCUGAAGGGAUUUCCAAGAAGGAUGAAAAGACUUUGAGAAGAAUGACCAUGAAUUUUUACUUGGAUGGGGAAAUUUUAUAUAAAAGGUCAUUUGACGGGACUUUGCUCAGGUGUUUGAAUGAAAAUGAGAUUGAACAAACACUAAAGGAAGUUCAUGAGGGGAUCUGUGUUACGCAUGCUAAUGGGCAUACAAUGGCGAAACAAAUACAAAGGUCUGGAUACUUCUGGUUGACCAUGGAGAGAGAUUGUGUAGACUAUGUCAGAAAAUGCCAUAAGUGUCAAAUAUAUGGCGACAAAAUAAAUGCGCCUUCAGCACCUCUGUUCAAUAUGAUCUCGCCUUGGCCUUUUGAUAUGUGGGGUUUGGAUGUUAUAGGGCCAAUUAAUCCUAAAGCGAGCAAUGGGCAUAGAUUCAUUUUGGUGGCCAUCGACUACUUCACCAAAUGGGUAGAAGCCAACUCUUACGCCCAUGUAACGCAGAAAGUAGUUAAGAGGUUUAUUGAAAAGGAUUUGGUCUAUCGUUAUGGUUUGCCAGCAAGAUUGGUAACUGACAACGCCCAGAAUUUCAAUAGGAAGCUGAUUGACGAAUUGUGCACCAAAUGGAAGAUUAAACACUUCAAUUCCUCCCCUUAUAGACCAAAGAUGAAUGGGGCAGUCGAAGCAGCUAACAAGAAUCUCAAGAAGAUCAUCCAGAAAAUGGUGGUCACCUACAAGGAUUGGCAUGAGAUGCUCCCAUAUGCACUUCAUGCGUACCGUACCACGGUUAGAACUUCUACAAAUGCCACCCCAUACUCUUUAGUAUAUGGAAUGGAGGUGGUGGUGCCCUUAGAAAUAGAAAUCCCAUCACUACGGAUCCUGAAGGAUGCAGAACUGGACGAAUCAGAAUGGACAAAGUCAAGAUUUGAGCAACUAACCUUAAUCGAUGAGAGAAGACUAGCAGCUAUCUGCCAUCACCAGUUAUACCAAAGCAGGAUAGCAAAAGCUUACAACAAGAAGGUCAAACCAAGAGUGUUCAAGGAAGGGGAUUUGGUGUUAAAGAAGAUCCCACUAGCAUCAGGAGAAGAUCAAAGCAAGUGGGCACCAAACUACGAAGGGCCAUAUGUAGUGAAAAAGGCUUUUUCUGGAGGGGCUUUAAUUCUGACUACUAUGGAUGGAAGGGAUCUACCAAGACCUGUAAACUCAGAUGUUGUAAAGAAGUACUACGCCUGA